GGAGGAUGAGGAAGAGAGAGAGCAUCUUUGUCUGCGCGGAGAAGCUCGGGGCUUCCCUUCCUGCCUAAACAUCCCCCCAAUCUGACCACCGCACCGCUAUCCUUCUCCAGAUAGAGGUCACAUUCUCCACCCAGGCGACCACCUCCGCUCCCAUUCGGAUUUUGUCGCGUCUCCUCGGCUGGAAUACCAGACCGUCGCUGCCUCCAUGUGUCGGAUCGCCGGAUGCUGGUGGUGAUGCACAGGAUGUUGGGAGGCUGAGAAGAGUGGAGGCUGCACCUCGGCGCCGCGCCAUGGAGAACUGACAGGAGCAGCUCUGGAUGGAGGCCAAGACACUGGAUGGCGAAGACGAAGAAGCACACAGUAUUGUGGAUCUCUUUUGUGCUUUAUUCUCGCUCCCAGCCGAGCCAAAGUAGAUGCAAAGUACUCUGCAAUGUGCCUCGUUUGUGCCGUCUAUCAUGCGUCACUUUUGGAACAAUGGCAUAGAGAAUCAGGAUAGACAGUCAAAGCGAGCACAACUUUAGUCAGCGUGUGUGGGUAUUUGUAAAAAGCACCAGGUACCGUAUUGUAUUCUCUUCGCUGCUGCGUUGGAAAUAGAAGAAUCCACAGGAGAGCAAGUCAAGAGUAACCAUGAUGGGCUGGAUUGAUAGCAAGGUGCUCUGGUUAUUGCUGGUUGCUCAGUUGGCGAUGACAGGAGUGGCUUUGGAGUACGAGGGCGUCCCAGGUCAGUGGACGCGUUACAGCCAGUGGGACGUGAAAGCCACCGGUGAGCUCAGCUUCAUCCUGAAGACCAACAUCAGCAAAGCCCUGGUGCUCUAUCAGGAUGAUGGCGGGAACUGCGAUUUCUUGGAGCUCCUCAUUGCGGACGGGAGGCUGCAGCUCCGCUUCACCAUCCACUGCGCCGAACCGGCCUCCUUACACACCGAGACUCGUGUCAACGACCUGCGCUGGCAUCGGGUCACCCUCCUUCGCAAUUACAGAGAGACCCGUGUGAUGGUGGACAACGAAGAGAAGGCCGCGGAAGUGAAGUCCAAGAGAAAAGAGAUGGUCGCCGUCUCAGACCUCUACGUGGGAGGGAUCUCGCCGGACGUGCGUCUCUCCGCCCUGACGUCCAGCACCGUUAAAUACGAGCAACCGUUUCAGGGUUUUAUAGUCAAUUUGAAAUUCGGGGAGGCUCUGCCAGUGCUGCUAGAUGGCCAAGCUGUCCACAGUGAUCUGGAGUAUAUAUGUGAAUUACACCCUCCCUGCAACAAAGGCCUGUGCGCCGUCAGCCAAGGAGAAGUCCUCUGUGACUGUGUAAACAGCAGCUACAGGGGGAGGUACUGCCAUGAAGCAGGUGUCCAGCAAGAAGUGCAAGGUCUGGCGCACCUGAUGUUAAACCGCCAAGUUUUCCGCCAAGGACAAGAGGAGUCUCUGGCUACCUUCAAAGGAAACGAGUACUUCAGCUACAACUUGUCGCAGACCCCGAUUCAGAGCAGCCUGGAUGAGAUCACCCUGUCUUUCCGCACACUGCAACGCAACGGCCUGCUGCUUCACACGGGGAAGUCGGCUGACUACGUCAACCUCUCCCUGAGGAAUGGAGGGCUGUGGCUGGUCAUCAAUCUGGGCUCGGGAGCCUUCGAGGCCCUUGUGGAACCCACCAGUGGGAAGUUCAAUGACAACGCCUGGCACGACGUUAGGGUGACCCGCAACCUCCGACAGGUGACCAUCUUGGUGGACGGGAUUCUCACCACCACCGGCUACACUCAGGAGGACUACACGAUGCUCGGCUCCGAUGAUCUUUUCUACAUCGGAGGCAGCCAUAACACGGCCGACCUCCCGGGGUCCCCGGUCAGCAACAACUUCAUGGGCUGUCUGAAAGACGUGGUCUACAAGAAUAAUGAGUUUAGACUGGAGCUGUCUCGCCUGGCUGAGCAGAGGGACCCCAGGAUAAGUAUCCAUGGUGACCUGGUGUUCAGCUGCAAGAACGUGGAAGCUUUGGAGCCGGUCACCUUCGACACACCGUCUGCCUACUUGACGCUGCCGAGGUGGAAUACCAAGAAGACCGGUGCCAUAUCGUUUGACUUCCGAACCAUUGAGCCCAGUGGCCUGUUGCUGUUUAGCCACGGCAGUCUGCAGGGAGCGCAGCCUGAUAAGAAGCCCAGGGCUGACUUUUUCGCCUUGGAGCUGCUGGACGGAUUCCUCUACCUGGUCAUGGACAUGGGCUCGGGGAGCAUCAAGAUGAAAGCCAGUAAUAAGAGGCUAGAUGACGGCAACUGGUGCCACGUGGACUUCCAGAGGAAAGGCAGAAAUGGCUUUAUUUCUGUGAACAGCCAGAGCAUCCCUUUCUCCGCUAAUGAAGGCAGUGAGAUCCUUGACCUGGAUGGGGACAUGUAUCUCGGAGGUUUACCCGACGACCGCCAAGCUCUGAUGCUGCCCCCAGAGGUGUGGACGGCCUCUCUCGGCCUGGGCUACGUGGGCUGCGUUCGGGAUCUCUUCAUAGAUGGACAGAGCCGUAACCUGUGGAGGCUGGCUGAGGUCCAGAGUGCAGUGGGUGUCAGCAGCUUCUGCACCAGGGAGACUCAUGUCAGGUGCAGCAGAGAAACCUGUGCCAACGGCGGGGUCUGCAGAGAAGGUUGGAACCGUCACAUUUGUGACUGUAAUGGAACUGGCUACCUCGGCCCGAGCUGUGAGAAGGAUGCCACCACGGUGAGCUACGACGGCAGCAUGUAUCUGAAGGUGCAGCUGCCAAGGACGUUUCACACGGAGGCCGAGGACGUGUCACUGCGCUUCAUGUCUCAGAGGGCUUUCGGGCUGCUGAUGGCCACGACAUCCCAGCAGUCUGCAGACACCCUACGUCUGGAGCUGGACGGAGGCAGAGUCAAGCUCACUGUCAACCUGGAUUGUAUCAGGAUAGACUGUAAUCUCAGCAAAGGACCCGAGGUACUCCUGGUUGGGGAGAAGCUGAACGACAACGAGUGGCACACGGUGAAGGUGGUGCGGCGCGGGAAGAACCUGCAGCUCUCCGUGGACAACGUGACAGUGGAAGGUCACAUGACUGGAGCCCACACACGUUUAGAGUUCAACAACAUUGAGACAGGAAUCAUGACGGAACGCCGCUUCAUCUCCGUUAUGCCAUCAAACUUUAUCGGGCACUUGCAGUCGCUGUCCUUCAACGGCGUUCUCUACCUUGACCAGUGCAAGAAUGGGGACAUCUCCUACUGCGAGUUGAAUGCCCGCUUUGGCAUGAGGCACAUUGUGGCCAAUCCUGUGACUUUCCUGACCCAGGCAAGCUACCUGGCCUUCUCCACCCUGCAGGCCUACGCGUCCAUGCAUCUUUUUUUCCAGUUCAAGACCAUCAGUCCGGACGGUCUCAUCCUGUACAACUCCGGAGAUGGAAGUGACUUCAUUGUGGUGGAGCUUGUCAAAGGGUACAUCCAUUAUGUUUUUGACUUGGGAAAUGGGCCGUCGCUAAUGAAAGGAAACUCUGACAAGCCACUCAAUGACAACCAGUGGCACAAUGUGGUGAUCUCCCGCGACAAUAAUAACGUGCACAUCCUCAAGAUUGAUGCCCGUACCGUCACCCAGCAUGCCAACGGAGCACGCAACCUGGAUUUAAAAGGGGAGCUGUAUGUUGGUGGUGUUGGGAAGAGCAUGUAUGGCAGCUUGCCUCGAUUAAUUGCAUCGAGAGAGGGCUACAAAGGCUGCCUGGCCUCGGUGGACUUGAACGGCCGACUCCCUGACCUGCUGAUGGACGCCCUCCACAAGGUGGGAGACGUGGAACGCGGCUGCGGAGGUCCAAGCACCACCUGCACCGAGGACUCCUGCUACCACCAGGGAGUGUGUCUGCAACUCUGGGAAGGCUUCUCCUGUGACUGCACCAUGACCACCUAUGGAGGCCCGUUCUGCAGCGACCCUGGAACCACGUACAUCUUCGGGAAAGGAGGCGCGCUCAUCACUUUCACCUGGGCCCCGAACGAGCGGCCGAGCACCCGAGCGGACAGAUUAGCCGUGGGCUUUAGCAGUCAACAGAAGGACGCCAUCCUGGUGCGUGUGGAGAGCACUCAUGGUCUGGGAGACUAUCUUCAGCUGCACAUAGAUGAAGGGAAAAUUGGUGUUAUCUUCAACGUGGGAACGGAUGACAUUUCCAUCGAUGAGCCAGCUGUCAUGGUAAAUGACGGCAAGUACCAUGUAGUUCGCUUCACUCGCAGUGGCGGCAAUGCCACCCUCCAGGUGGACAACCAUCCUGUAAUAGAGCGCUACCCUCCAGGACACUAUGAUAAUGAGCGACUGGCUAUUGCUAGGCAAAGAAUCCCAUACAGACUUGGUCGGGUAGUAGACGAGUGGCUACUCGAUAAAGGGAGACAGUUGACCAUCUUUAACAGCCAGGCGGCCAUUAAAAUUGGAGGUCAAGACAAAGGUCGACCCUUCCAGGGUCAGAUUUCAGGGCUCUACUACAAUGGGCUCCAAGUUCUCAAACUCGCAGCGGAGAAUGAUCCCAGCGUUCAGGUGGAGGGGAACCUGCGUCUGGUGGGGGACUCGCUGUCAGUGCUGACCACGGACACCACCGCUGCCACCCCGCUGGCAGUCUCUGACAUGUCCACCACCAUCAUGGAAACCACGACUACCAUGGCGACCACCACCACUCGCCGGCAGCGGUCUCCGAGCUUGAGGGAGAGCAUCUCAAAGCCACAGAACUCGGAUGAUAUUUUGGUGGCGUCAGCCGAAUGUCCGAGCGACGACGAAGACCUGGAGGAGUGCGAGCCGGGAACAGGAGGUGAAUUAGUCUUGCCUAUUAUAACAGUGGAUUCCCUUGAGCCCCCAUCCAUCGCCACCCGUUAUCCCUUCAUCCCUCCUCCCCCGACCCUCCUUUCCCCACUCGAGACCACCAAAGAGUCCCUGAUCCUGCCUCCUCACCCCUCCUGCCCUCCGGACCAGGAGGACUGCGGUGACCCAGUGGAGGUCUCGGCCUUCGGCUCUGGGGAGAUGACGGAAUCAGACGAUGAGGACUUUUACAAUAAUAACUCCCCCUUGGUCACUGACAGGACAGUCCUUCCUCCACCUCCCGCAGCCGGCGAUGGUGGAGUCCACAAACCCCGCCCCUUACCUCCCUAUGUUCCCACCACCAACCCCGACCAGCUCCACAUCCCCGCAGGCAAAAUGAACACCCGUGACCAGGUGCUUCUGCCCCCUGCCCCUCCAUCAUCCCGAAACACACCAGGACUAACUUACCCACCCAAUUUUCCCCAUGUGCCCACAGCCAACCCCACAGCCUCUGAUGAAAAGAACCCACCAGGCGCCGUGGAGGUGAUCAGGGAGUCCAGCAGCACCACAGGCAUGGUAGUCGGCAUCGUGGCUGCUGCUGCUCUCUGCAUCCUCAUACUCCUCUAUGCGAUGUACAAGUACCGCAACCGGGACGAGGGCUCGUACCAAGCCGACCCCAGCCACAACUUUGCCAACAACUCCGCUGUGGAGGGCAACGGGACUAUGGUGAAAGACAAAAGCACAGCGACGGCCUCUGUGGCCAAGGCAAUCACAAAGGGCAAAAAGAACAAGGACAAAGAAUACUACGUCUGAGAUGAGAAGCAGACUGGGACAAGAGGAUGCUCGCGUGUUCACUCUCCUAUUUCGUCUUGAAACUGUACAAAGCAGCAGCAUUUUUGCUUUAAACAGCUACAUGUUCAGUAUCUGGCUGCCCAGCUCCGAAAGUGAUACAGACUCACAAGACUGUCCGUCGACACACACACUCUGUCUUCACCACUUUGUUUCAUUUUUAAGCCAUUAAGACUCUGUAUAUAUAUAUAGCAUGGUACGGUGGGGAAGAGCGGAGACAACAUCCCGACAGAUUUGCCGAAAUGUUUAAUUUGUACUCCUUUGUAAUGUUCUUUCUCAAGUCUCAAUGUCGCCAUUAUGACAAACAAAGCAGAACGCAUCAGUUAUUGAAAAUGUUACGGUAAAUGAGCAGAGAAGCAGCCUGGUAAUCUGAGUACACUCGGGAACGACAGCCUUUAUUUAGACAAGACAUUUUCAGCGUCCGCGUUACGUAAUACGGGCUUAUAGCGCCCCAGUCAGUCAAGAAGCCGGAGCAUCGAGGAAGCAUGAUAUUUGGAUGAAAACGAACGGAUUCACUCCACAUAUUCCACCCAGUCAACAACGACGACGGAGCAGAAGCUGGUUUUUGUGCGAUAUUAGCGUAAAUGUACCAUGCCAUUCCAAGUAGGGUCGAUUGUGAAAUGGUCAGUCUAGCAGGUAACUUUGUAAACAUUGCUUGUAUGUACAUAUUGUGGUGAGCGAAGAGGCUUUGUGUGUGUGUGUGUGUGUGUGCGUGUGUGUGUGUGACAUGGAUUGGAAUCAGAGAAGCUCCUACCUUCAGCCCAUCGUCCAAACAGGGAACACGGCACAGAAAUAUGAAGCAACAGAAUCAGAGAGAACUCGCCUCCUCUCCUGAUUGUUCCACAAAACGUUCAUGACUCAAAAGCACAUGUAAACAUAACUUGGAGACGGUCGAUAUUACUUGUAAAGCCGCCAAACAUGUAUGUUUUUUUUUUAAUCAUUUACUAAAAGACUAUUCUAUGAGAUGAAUUAUUGAAGAUUUGUGAAUUGUGAUGAUAUUUCGAUGUAUCUUGUUAACACUCCUCGACAUGUUACACUUUAGAUUGCCUUUUACUUCAAUCCAGACGAAAGCACAUUUUACUCCGAUAACCGCAGGAAUAACUUUUGUUUCAACAAUAUACGAGUCAUUCGAAGAAAACAUUGUGCAUUUUAUAUGUACUGCUUCAAUUGAUCGAAAAUAUAAAGCCAUGUUUCUCCGUUGAGUCGACAUUUACUUACUCCUCUCUGUGAUUUCUUUGUUUUGUUUUGUUUAUUUGAUAAAAGUGCCAUUCAAAACGAGCUGCUUGGUGCUCAGAAAAUAUUCCAUUCCUCACUCAUUGCUAUUGUAUAGUGUUCAUGUGAAAUGGAUCAAUAUGUGUACAGAACGUGGAUAAAGAUGAAAAUACACUUGAUUAUAUACUUUGUACGCACUGCGUUGUGUGUCGAUUCUUUUGCAUAAGGGGGCGCCGUGGAUUGUUUUUAUGUCUGUGAACAUGCUGAUGUUUGCGAGGGAGAACUUAAGUAUUUUCUGCACUGUGGUUCGUCUCCUUGAAACGGAGAGGCUUUCGAAAGCCCCUGUCAAAUUCAUGAGUGACAGACCACACCAUUUCAUUAAGUUUUAAUAUUCUACACCCAUCAAUAUCAGAAUCCCAAUACUCAUACCACAAGUCCCAUAAUACACCGGAAGUCUUGCAAUAAUUUGAAUCUUUGAUGGAACCUGCAAUUCCUUUGUUUACGUCUUGCAAGUGGGAAUCGGAGCAGCUUCACGUUGUUGUGAGGACAAAAGACUUUCAUUACGUGACCCCAUUUACAUGCAGGGUUUAUGUGACAGAGAAUUCUCCCAUCAGGGAAUUGAGCCUGUGACCUUCAGCCUGACUUAUCUAUCAUUAUUUGUCGCCACGG